GUAAAGGAAAUUGCAGUGUCUGCUAUUCAAUGCAAAUGCCAUUAGAUACCGAAAAAAUGCAUGGGCCAACAUUUGGUUUCUUGUCAGAUGCACAUUUAAAAGAAAGGGAGUCGCUGAUACGCAAGGUUGCAGCAUGUUCUCCAUCACAGCUCAGUGCAUUGGUUAUAGGUCCCUCUGUUUAUGAAGUUUUCUUGGAUCUUCCUGAAUGUAAAAGUCUCGUUACUUCCAUGGUAUAUGUGAAACAAAAGCAGCUCAAAUUUUCUUCUGCAGCUGCACUACGAUGGACAUACAAUGAAAUCAGAAAACAAAAGGACGAUAAAGAUCAGUUCAUAAAUAAACAAGUUAUGCGGUCAUUUCUUACGCGAUUCCCUCUAACUAUAUUAAACAACUCAGUAUUCAAGCCUUUAUUGCUUGUCGCCAAAGGUUUUUUGCUGAGCAAGCUUUACGAGUUCAAGAAUGGAAGAGCACUGUAUAACAGCGUACCAAGGUUGCGUUCGGAGGAGCACCUCCCUGCCGUGGUAAAUGCUCUUGGACCGAUGGAGCAGUUGACCGCGAGCUAUCCGCACUUAGCUCGGAUGAAGGAAGAAAUGGUUUGCAAUAUUAUGGACUUCGUAUUGAAAUACUGCCUGGAUUGGAUUUGUGAAGUGUCUACGCUAGAGUGCGAUAGCAAGGGAAAGAUUUCUUACCGUCUUCGUCCACUUACUCUUGUUCAAUACCAACAAAAAGGGAAAGAAGUUCUAGGCAAAAAUCUCACCAAGAAAAGGAAACGGAAACAUUUAGCUACUCCUGACGAAGUUGAGGCAGAUAUGAAGUGCAAGACUGAUGACGGUAUCUGGGAAACGCAGACCAGCACUAACUCGUCAACAAGAAGCCUCUCCUAUCAGGAUAUGAAAAAAGAGUCGGCAGCAGAGGCCGCUAAGAUCGAGGUUAUUGAGUUGAAAGACGAGGAUGAGUCAGUGAAUCCCUCGACUACGAAGGUAUCCGUCGCUGUCACUGCAUCAACAGAGCAACCCAAAGAAACUGUGCAGUCAAGGCAGGCACCAUCUCAGCCAUGUCUUCUCAACGAUACAGCUCAUUCUUUAUACACUCCUGCUUAUUCUGUGAUUUACGACGAUUGGUCAGACAUGUUGGCUAUGGCUCUUACCGAUCCAAAUUUAGCACCACAUUAUAAGACGAUGAUUCACUGCUUAGUAGCUAGCAACAGAGACAUGAAGAACAUAAUAGUCAUGAUGAAGUCUGGUCAAUCCUAAUACUAAAAAUAUGGUUCAUCGCGUUUUCUAACUUUCACUCUCCAUUUUUUGAACGGGUAUGUUCUAUAUCUCAUUUUUUCAAGCCUUUGUUGAACUACUGAUUGUUGGAUUCCCUUGCUUGUUUUUGUUUUGGUCAUAAAACUGUUGGAUUCUUGUAAA